UUUUGACUUCCAUAUUGCCGCAUCUGAAACCAAUGUGCACCGCGUGGAGGAACAGUGUUGCAAAUAUCCGCAUCCGAAGCAACUCUGACUAGUACUCGAUACCCGUCCACUCGGUACUCUCGGCAGCCAUUUUAACUUUUGGCGUCGAAAAUAUACGGCGAGGAAGGAAAUCUGCCGGAGAUCCUGUUCGUCUGUGUGGUUUUUUCGCAUCCAGCGCAAGCAGUGUGUAGUGCUCGAGUGAGUGUGAGGAAGUGAGGAAGCAGCAGCAGCAGUUGAGGAGCGAAUUCAGUCUUGUGUGAGGAUCCGAGAAAAAGCGAAGAAGCGGAGAUGUCGAUGUCUGCCACGUGCUACAAGUGCAACCGGCCGGGCCACUUUGCCCGGGACUGCAGUCUCGGCGGCGGACCUGGCGUUGGUGGAGGCGGCGGCGGCGGUGGCGGUAUGCGCGGCGGCGAUGGCGGCGGCAUGCGCCGCAACCGGGAGAAGUGCUACAAAUGCAACCAGUUCGGGCACUUUGCACGUGCCUGCCCCGAGGAGGCCGAGCGGUGCUAUCGCUGCAACGGCAUCGGGCACAUCUCGAAGGACUGCACCCAGGCGGACAAUCCGACCUGCUAUCGCUGCAACAAGACCGGCCACUGGGUGCGCAACUGCCCCGAGGCGGUCAAUGAGCGCGGCCCGGCCAACGUGUCGUGCUACAAGUGCAACCGCACCGGACACAUCUCCAAGAACUGCCCGGAGACCUCCAAGACUUGCUACGGCUGCGGCAAGAGCGGACACUUGAGGCGCGAGUGCGACGAGAAGGGCGGACGGAACUAGGCCACUACGACUAGGACCACCCCCAAAAAUAUAUAAUCAUCGAAGGAGGAAUGCGAAAAUUUCAACACGAAGAAGAACAAGUUAACGAAGAUUAUGAUGAUGAAAGAGAAGAAAGAUGAAAAAAAAAAAAUGAAAAACGAAAAAUCAAUUUGCUACAACAUUCACAUAAGCCAGCCCCAGCAACAACAACAGCUAAGCAGAAACCGAAGCCGAAGAAAAAGCAACAGCAGCAGCAACACCCACGUCAAGGAUCGAUCCAACCCAAGUCCAUACACUUCAACCAUCUACAAGACAUGAAUUCAUGAACUACAAAAUCAUUACCAAUCCCAAUCCCAGCUAGUAACCAUCCCAUCUCUGAUUCCAAAAGCUGAGCCUGCAGCGCGGUGCCAACAUCAACGUCCCGAGAAGUGUGAGAAACUUUCCGAAGAAAGCUGAGCGGAAACUAGAGACUGCAGCGAACGAGAGAAAAGGGAGGAAGAAAGGAGGCUCUACGAGGAGGCGAAUAUCGUGGAUCGGGGAGCGCGCGAAGGUGCGAAAAGCGAGAAGAAGAAGACAACGACGAUAGCCAACGGCAGCUGUGCAGCCGAGAGAGCAGAUGACGCCGACGAAGAGGAAGAAGAUGAGACGGAGAAGGAGAAUGAGAGGAAGACGAAACGACGACCCAAUUUGUAAGAUGAGACUAAGCCACAACAACACCAACACAGCAACAACAAGAGAAUUCACCAAGCAAACCACUUUAUUAUAAUUAUAUAUAUGAUUAUGCUGCAAAGUGUUUGAAUUUACUAAUUAAAAUUAUAACGAAUGGAAUGAACUAUAUAAGAUUAUAUAAAACAAACAUACAAA